UUACAUGACUACGUGCAUCUGAUCCCCACUCGUCAUACUUUCAAAAUAAUCGUUGUCUUCCGUUGUUACUUCCAAUAGCUUCUUCUGGCUUAAUGCGACACAGACUGUCAACAUACAGAUAAACCUAUUUCCAUAGGCGUUGAAUGAUUCAAGGUCCACGACGCACAGUAUAGGUGGAUAAUCAUAAGUAAAUGUCAUUGAAUGUUUCGAAGAAUAAUUAAUAUCAUCUGCAAAAGUAUUUUAAAAAAGGGGUCUGUGGUAAAAAAAAAAGUUAAAAGGUUUAGAUUAUUCCAGAAACAUCCUCGGCUGUUUAUUGCCAUGUAAACUGUGUAAUUCUCUACGCCUAUGGGGAUUUAUCUACAGUAGAGUAAAGACGCUUUGAGACAGAAAUGAGAGUCAGUAAAAAGAAGAGAAGAACAGGCAGUAAUGGCGUCAGUGGUAAGAGGGGGGUUGCUGAGCGUCGUUACAAAAGGGAUCGGGGCCCCUUGUUUGGGUUUAGUACCGAACGAUCGCUCGUGUAAUAUUCAUCUCAAGAAAACAUUUUCUCGACUUCAAUUUGCUAUUUUUUUGUGUUAUUAAUAUUUUAACCGUGUAAUUGACAACAUGGCUCUUGCAUUGCUGAGGGUUGGAGUACGCUCCGCCAUUUCGCGGGGAAUUUUGGAAAAACGCGGGGCGCAGGCGUUGUCCUGUUCCCUCUUUGCUUCAGAACAAAAUGCUUUCAGAACAGAAAAUGCAUAUCAGUAUGCUCACGUUGCAAAGAGGAUGUACAGUAAAAGGAAUGUUCAUCACACAAGGGCGUCGGCAUCUGUUAAUGAAGACAGCGAUAGCGACAGUGAUUCUGAUGACGAACAUAAUAGGGGCGAGUCUCAAUUCUGGAGAAGGAAGAUGCGUACUUUACACAGUCAUCUUGAUGUGAACAAGGACGGCGUCAUCAGCUAUGAUGACUUUAUGUUACUUGGUGAAAGGUUUGCUGACUUAGGACAUUUGAGCCCUGCAGCCAAGGAGGAAUUUGAACAAGUUCUCAGGGACAUGUGGGUGGAGCAGUGGGGCGAAAUCAGUCCAUACAAUCUUGUAUCUGUUGAGAAAUAUUUGGAGGAGAUGCAUCAUGUUCUUAAUGAUACAUCGCUUAAGCGAAAGUGUCACCAUUUCUUGCCCUUCUUGUUCAAGGCAGUUGAUAAGGAUGGAAGCGGAGAAAUAUCAGUGCAGGAGUUCAAGUUGUUUUUCCAGUGCCUGGGACUCAGUCAUGAUCACGCUGUCGUGUCGUUCACUUUUAUCGAUACGAAUGAAGAUGGAAAAAUUAGUUUUAAGGAAUUUGUUAAGCUUGGACGCGAUUAUAUCCUCAGCGAUGAUCCCACUAGGCCCAGCAAACACUUCUGGGGACCACUGGUCGAGUGAUAAUUACAUAACGAUCUCAUGAAUUGUGAUAAUUUAAUGAUAACGUAUAUUCGUGUCAUUUCAUCAAAGCGUCAUUUAUGCCACUAACUUUUAAGCGUAGGAUAAGUUUUUUAAUAGGAUUUGUAUCGGAAAAACGAGAAUUUUAAUAUAGCGUAAUAACACGCAUCACUAUAUC